AUGGAAUACAAAGUCAGUUUAAGCGACAUAGAUAUUCUCCAUACUUUAGGCAAAGGUAUCCAUCAAUUUAGGCGCUUAUGGGAGAGUAAGGCUGGGCUUUAUGAAAUCGAUUGGUGAAUAUGUAGCUGUCAAGAUUAUUAAAAAAGCAACCAUAUUGCAAAAAAAAGAAGUAGAACAUAUCGUCUCGGAAUUUACGAUCUUAAAAAGAGUUAUUCUAAGGAUCCCCACUUAUUUGUCCAAUUUUCUAGUCUUUUUUUUCUUACUCCCCCCCCCCCCCCUCCGUGAGCGAACAAAACCAUUAGAAAAAAUCGCCAUUUUUUGACCAAAAACCCACCCUCCGUGAGUGAACAAAAAAUUUUUUUAAUAGAAAAAAUUUUAAUGAAAAAAAUUUUGAUAUAUAAGUGAUAAUUAGUAUAAUGAAAUCUAGAGCUAAUUCUGUUUAAUUUUAAACAAAUUGCGUUUUAAAACAUAAAUUUUUGCAAAUUAAAUUAAUAUUUGCUUCCCAAUUUUUGCAAAUUAGGAUUUUUUUAAAUUUCGAAAAAAAAUAUUUUUUAUAAAAUUUAUAUAUAAAUUUUUUUUAAAAAAAAAAAUUAACCCCCCUCCGUGAGCGAACAAAUUUUUUUGUUCGCUCACGGGAGGGGGGGGGGGAGUUAGAAAUUUUUUUUUAGGACCUCAUUUGUCCCAAAAUCUAGUCAAAAAUGAUUUUUUUCCCAUUUUCUAAUCUUUUUUGGAUUUUUCCUAAUGUCCUAAAUUUUGAUUUUUUACUUUAAAAAAACUACAAUUGAGGUCCUAAAAAAUUUUUUUUUCUAUAGAAAAAUGGACAAAUGAGGGGGGGAUCCUUACAUUGAAUAAUUUCAAAUUAUUUAUUAAUUAUAUAUAAAAAUAAACUACUAUAAAGUAUUUACAGAAUAAUCAUCCGUUUAUAAUAAACUUCAAAGGCUUUAACCAAGACACCCGAUAUUUAUAUUUUGUUUUAGAAUUCAUCCCAGGCGGUGAUCUUUUUAAGUACCUGAGAACAAUUGGAAAACUCGAAAACACCCACGCUUGUAUAUAUGCAGCACAAAUGAUUUCGGCUUUGCAAUAUUUGCACCAAAACAACAUUGUUUAUAGAGAUCUUAAGCCAGAAAAUAUAUUAAUUGAUGCAGAUGGUUAUAGGGUUUUCCCUAUAUAGUCCGAUAAGGCCGUGGGUUCUCCGUGGAAUCUCUCUGUUGGUCAAACCAACUCAGUGCGUUUGUUUGACCAUUCACUGGCUGGUUCAACCAGCAGAGAGAUUCCACGGAGAACCCACGGCCCUUAUCGGGCCAUAUAGGGAAACACCUAUAUUUAAGAUUGACCGAUUUUGGAUUUGCUAAAGUUAUUGAGGAAAGGACUUAUACUCUCUGUGGGACGCCUGAAUAUUUAGCUCCAGAAGUUAUAUUAAAUAAAGGCUAUGAUCAAGGCGUUGAUUGGUGAACUAUAGGAGUUCUUAUAUUUGAACUACUUGCUGGGGUUGACCCAUUCAAUACAACAGAUCCAUCAAAAAUCUAUAGGAAAAUCCUUAAAGGAAAAAUCCGGUACCCAAAAAACUUCAAUCCUAGAGCUAAAAAUUUAGUAAAACAUUUAGUGACUUCAGAUACUGCGAAAAGAUAUAAGAUAAAUGAUAUAAAAAAUCACGCAUGAUUUGAAGAUAUUGAUUGGAAUCUUUUAUAUCAUAAAAGAAUAGGAAUGCCGUAUAUCCCUGUGCUCAGAGCUCCUACAGAAAAUAUAAAUUUCGGGUCUUACCCAGAUUCAGAUACUUUGGCUCCUGCUAUAGCUACAGAAUAUGAUCCUUUUAUAGAUUGGUAA